AAAGAAAAGAAAAGAAAAGAAAGAAAGAGAGGUCACAUAAUCUUCUAUCUAGACAUAUAUUUCAAAAGUGAUCCUGCCACAUUGCAUGACAUUCCAGAUAUCUAUUGGUUGCAUAAGAAGCCAUACUAUUUAGAAAUAUAGCUCCUGAUACAACGGUUGCUGUACAGACACCACAAAAAAAAAAAAAAAAAAAAAAAAUUAAGUAAGAAAAAGCAACAUUACAGAGACUCCAAUACACAGACAGUGUUGAGAAACAAUUUGGGGCGUGGAAUGUUAUUCAUCUCCAAAGUAAUUCGAAGUACAGGCUUUUGUUCAUUUUUCUGUUUGCUGGUUUUUUGGGGGGUUUUUUUGUUGUUGUUUUGUUUUGUUUGUUUUGUUUUGUUUUUUGGUUUGGUUGGUUUUGGUUUAUUUAUUUAUUUUGAGGACCAACACUGAAGGGAAUGGAAAAUCUUUCCAGGAGAGUCGUAAGGGUACCCUAAAGGGAAAAGAGCCCUUUCUAUAAGAAAAGGAGCUAGUGGCCUUGUGAGCCUUCCCUGUAGCUGCACGUCUUGCCCCUAGUUAUAAAAGCAAAACGCAGAAGAGAAAAAUAACAUUUCAAAAAAAUUAAAACAAUCAAGUACAAAAUUACUAAUAGAGCAACUCGAUGAGAUGUAUUAAGAACAGAAAUCACCAGUUUAAGAAGUAGAGGUAUGGGGGCGGGGGAAGGAAAAAAAUUACAUUUUAUUCCAAAAUAAAUGUUUGAGAUAUUGCUAACAUAAAUAAUACUUGAAAUUAAAUGAGAGAAUAGUACAAAAGCAGAUGAAAUGAGUAAAAAUUCAGAAUGGUUGAAAAUAAGAUUCAAAUGGUUAAAAUGGAAAAAUUCAACAGAAAAAAAUGAAAAUGUAGCAUCGUAAAGUAAUAAACCAAUACAAAAUAAAACCAAUCUGAUAAAAGCUCAGAAAGUUUGAAUAGACAAAAUAAACGAAGGAUCUAUUAAAAGCUGAAAUAGACAAAAAAUCAAAAGUAGUCAAGAUUUCUUUAAAGGCAAAUGAAGGAAAACUAAGGAAUUAAGAAUAUCAAAGAUAAAAUGAAGCUGCAUUUCAGAGGGAUGAGAAAUUAAAAUCAGUAUGGCAAAACAUCAAAAGACUAAAAAAUUAUAAAGCUAAAAUUUUCAAAGUACAAAAGUGAAGCUAGGGAAGAAUGAAGAACAGAAACAAAAAGCAAUAAAAAAACAUUUACUUCUUUAAAACUACGUAAAUAAAACCAAGGCUCCACAGAGGCCCUCAAAAGCAGAGGGCAGAGCUAUUUAACAAAAACUGUCUUAUUCAUGAAAACGUAGCCACAGACUCGGAGAACAACCCACUACCCUCGCUCUAAUUCUGCUGCUGCUCACAGUCUCUAAACUCCUGCUAUAACAUGCGGGAAUUAACAAUAUGGCAAAACAUAUUAUAGAAAGAAAAGAAGGAGACUUUCUUUGAUUCGUGUUAACAGUCUUUAGGAGGAGGAGAAUUUUAUUUGCCAUGCUCCCAUUUCUUGAACAUAUAAAUCUAUUUCUCAAAGUGUCCAUCUUUCUGUUUUCCCCUACAGUGAGAACACUAAGAAUUCCUUGGAGAGCAGCCUACGGCAAUUAAAGUGCCAUUUCACCUGGAACUUGAUGGAGGGAGAAAAUUCCUUGGAUGAUUUUGAAGACAAAGUAUUUUACCGGACUGAGUUUCAGAAUCGUGAAUUCAAAGCCACAAUGUGCAACCUACUGGCCUAUCUAAAGCACCUCAAAGGCCAAAACGAGGAAGCCCUGGAAUGCUUAUGUAAAGCUGAAGAGUUAAUCCAGCAAGAGCAUGCUGACCAAGCAGAAAUCAGAAGUCUGGUCACCUGGGGAAACUAUGCCUGGGUCUACUAUCACAUGGGCCGACUCUCAGACGCUCAGAUUUAUGUAGACAAGGUGAAGCACAUCUGUGAGAAGUUUUCCAGUCCCUACAGAAUUGAGAGUCCGGAGCUUGACUGUGAGGAAGGGUGGACACGGUUAAAGUGUGGAGGAAACCAAAAUGAAAGAGCGAAGGUGUGCUUUGAGAAGGCUCUGGAAAAGAAACCAAAGAACCCAGAAUUCACCUCUGGACUGGCAAUAGCAAGCUACCGUCUGGACAACUGGCCACCAUCUCAGAACACCAUUGACCCUCUGAGGCAAGCCAUUCGGCUGAAUCCUGACAACCAGUACCUUAAAGUCCUCCUGGCUCUGAAGCUUCAUAAGAUGCGUGAAGAAGGCGAAGAGGAAGGUGAAGGAGAGAAGUUAGUUCAAGAAGCCUUGGAGAAAGCCCCAGGUAUAACAGAUGUACUUCGCAGUGCAGCAAAGUUUUAUCGAAGAAAAGAUGAGCCAGACAAAGCUAUUGAACUGCUUAAAAAGGCUUUAGAAUACCUACCGAACAAUGCCUACCUGCACUGCCAGAUUGGGUGUUGCUAUAGGGCAAAAGUCCUCCAAGUAAUGAAUCUAAGAGAGAAUGGAAUAUAUGGGAAAAGAAAAUUACUGGAACUAAUAGGACACGCUGUGGCUCAUCUGAAGAAAGCUGAUGAGGCCAAUGAUAAUCUCUUCCGUGUCUGUUCCUUUCUUGCCAGCCUCCAUGCUCUAGCAGAUCAGUAUGAAGAAGCAGAGUAUUACUUCCAAAAGGAAUUCAGUAAAGAGCUUACUCCUGUAGCAAAACAACUGCUCCAUCUGCGGUAUGGCAACUUUCAGCUGUAUCAAAUGAAGUGUGAAGACAAGGCCAUCCACCACUUUAUAGAGGGUGUAAAAAUAAACCAGAAAUCAAGGGAGAAAGAAAAGAUGAAAGACAAACUGCAAAAAAUUGCCAAAAUGCGACUUUCUAAAAAUGGAGCAGAUUCUGAGGCUUUGCAUGUCUUGGCAUUCCUUCAGGAGUUGAAUAAAAAAAUGCAACAAGCGGAUGAAGACUCUGAGAGGGGUUUGGAGUCUGGAAGCCUCAUCCCUUCAGCAUCAAGCUGGAAUGGGGAAUGAAGAAUAGAGAUGUGGUGCCCACUAGGCUACUGCUGAAAGGGAGCUGAAAUUCCUCCACCAAGUUGGUAUUCAAAAUAUGUAAUGACUGAUAUGGCAAAAGAUUGGACUAAGACACUGGCCAUACCACUGGACAGGACUAUGUUAAUUGCUGGGUCUUCAGAAAGUCCAAGGAGUUCUGGGAGAGGGACCAGAUUGGGGGGUAGGUCUAAGGGCUUGGUGAUAGAAUUAUUUCUCAAUUGACUCCUUGAGUGCAGUUUGAACUGUAACAUUUGCUUAGUCACCUUUAGUGGAGUAGUCCACUGGACUUGUUUCUAUGUUUAUAUAAAGCAGCCAAAUCCUUCAUGUAAUAUUGAAAUCCAUUUUUGCAAUGUUGUUCCAUAUUUGGAGUCAUUUUGCAUCCCAUAGAGGUUAGUCCUGCAUAGCCAGUAAUGUGCUAAGUUCAUCCAAAAGCUGAGGGCCAAAGUCUAAAUAGGGCUCGGUAUCCCCCAUCUCUCACCUCUGCCUCCUUCCUCCUCCUUCCCAGUCUAUCAUCAAUCUUGAGUAUUCUACACAAGGUGAAUUCAAGUGCCUGAUUCAUUGAGGUGGCAACAUAGUUGAGAAGAGAGCAGAGAACAGGAAGAGACAUAGCUAGAAGCAAUGGUACAAAAAGCAAUGUGUACAAGACUUUCAGCAAGUAUAGAGAGAGUUCACCUCUACUGUGCCCUCCUCAUAGUCAUAAUGUAACAUGUAAAGAAUGAAAAUGGAUUCUGUACAAUAUGCUAGAAACCAACAUAAUGUAUUUCUUUAAAACCUGUGUGGAAAAAAUAAAUGUUCCACCUGUAGGGAUAGGGAAAAAGUAACCAAAAGAGAGAAAGAGAAAGGAAUGCUGGUUUAUCUUUGUAGAUUGUAAUCAAAUUUGAAAUAUUUUCAAUAUUUUAGCCACUGUUAGGAAUUUUUUUUGGUAAAAUGAAGACUGACUUUGUUCAAAUGUUUUCAUGAACCUGGUUUGAGAUGAUAGGAAAGCAAAAAAAUGGGGAACCUUGUGACUAAGGGCCUGGUGCAAGGUCUUGGGAAAUGCCAUUGACAAUAGAUGGUGGGGUUUUCCCCUCUUUGGAAAUGUUGGAUAUUAAGUGAUAUAAACACUUCUAACUCUGAAAAUCUUCUGAGAAAUCCCAAAAUUCAUGGUGUUCUUGGACAAUUGGGAUUUUCUAGGUAGAUACUGAAUGGCCUAGACAUCAAAGUUGGUGUGAACCAAAAUAGAGUCAGCUGACCCAGCAUGAGACCAUCAGUCAUGCUCUGGGUUGGAAAAUGUUUGCCUGUUGGAAUUAAUUUAAGCUUAAGUAUAUAUCAACAUUAUUUUAUUGUGCACUUAAAACAAUAAAAAUUCAAGGUUUUUUAAAGUUAAAAAUUCUAACCACUGUAACAACAGUUUUUGUGUUAUUUUCUGUAUUAAAAAUCUUGUUGCAUGCAUUUGAGGUCAUCAGGGUGCAAAAUUUGUAUUCCUGAAAAUGUCAUAUAUUUUCAUUAAUAAAUAACCUAAAUAUGAUAAAACAUAAA